AUGGCAAUCAAGUUGCAUUCCUCCUUGGUCUCUCUCACUGCAUUAUUAAUCUUGAGUUUGAGCUCCAUUUCACUGACUUCAGCUCAGGAUUCAGGAACUGCAACAUAUUACACUCCUCCAUACACCCCGUCAGCUUGUUAUGGGUUCGAAGAUGAUGGAGUGAUGAUUGCAGCAGCCAGUGAUGUGUUUUGGAACGAUGGUGGGGCUUGUGGUCAGAUGUAUCAAGUGACUUGCCUGAGCGGAACAAACGAGGGAACUCCAGAACCAUGCUUGGGAAGUGGCUCAGCGGUUGUGAAGAUUGUGGACCAUUGCCCCCCAGGCUCAUGUAGGGGCACCAUUGAUUUGUCACAAAAGGCAUUUGAAUCCAUUGCCGAUACUAAUGCCGGAGUUAUCAACAUCUCUUACCAACAGUCUAAUCUGAAGAAUGGGAAAGAGACAAGAUUUCAUGUAGCUUUGAAGAAAACAUGGCGAAUUAAUGAUUGCUCUGGUCUUCAAUUCUUUAUGAAGUUGAAUUAA